ACUAGUCGAUAAUCGAGAAACACGAUCGGAGUCUCGGAGAGAGAUCUCCCCUAGUGUACAUUUGAGUCGAUACGUUUGUGCAUAAUGUGAACAUGGAAUAAAUUUAUCACACGAACAUCCAGACAUUUAUGGACGGCAUUCAAAUUGAACAAUAGUCGUUGCAAGAAACAUUUUUAAAUUACCAGGUCAUCUUAUUUAUAUACUCUUCCUUUCGCUGACAUACGCUCUUGCACGCACUCUGAACAAAUGGAGGCUGACUCGAGGGAGCUGGCCUUCUUCGGCCUGCGAAUGGCCGUGGUGGCGCUCGCGUUGCUGCUCCGUCAAUUUCCGGCUUGUUCGGCUGCUGCGGCGGCUUGCGAUUUCCCGUCCAUCUUCAACUUCGGGGACUCGAAUUCCGACACAGGCGGGCUGUCGGCGGCGUUCGGGCAGGCCCCCCCGCCGAACGGAGAGACGUACUUCCACAGGCCGUCCGGGCGGUACUGCGACGGCCGCCUGCUCAUCGACUUCAUCGCGGAGGAUUUGAGAUUGCCUCAUCUGAGUGCAUAUUUGGACUCCGUUGGUUCAAAUUUCAGUCAUGGAGCCAAUUUCGCCACGGCCGGAUCACCGGUCCGGCCUCAGAACAUGACCCUUUCGCAGAGCGGAUAUAGUCCGAUCGCAUUAAACGUUCAGCUCUACGAGUUCUCUGACUUUCUCGUGAGGUCACAAUACUUUCGGUCUCAAGGAGGCGUGUUCACGAGCUUAUUGCCACCGGAAGAGUACUUCUCCAGGGCUCUGUACACGUUUGACAUCGGCCAAAACGAUCUCACAGCUGGAUUGAAGCAGAACAUGACCAUUGAUCAGAUAAAGGCAUACAUUCCUGAUGUGAUGACUCACUACUCAGAUGCAAUAAAGAAAGUAUACGAUGAAGGAGGAAGGUCAUUUUGGAUUCACAACACGGGCCCGUUGGGCUGCUUGAUCUACAUCAUGGACCGGUAUCAUCUCGAAGCUCCAGAAGAUGAACAAGGUUGCUUGAGCCCUUUCAAUGAGUUGGCUCAGUCCUUCAAUGCCAGGUUGAAGCAAGCAGUGGAUUCACUCAGGACAGAACUUCCUCUAGCAACAAUAACAUAUGUUGAUGUGUACUCUGUGAAGUAUAAUCUCAUCACUCAAGCACACAAACAUGGUGAUUACCUCAGUACCUCCGCAUCCUUUUUCAGACCUAAUAAUUUUUCCAGAACAGGUCAUUUGAUAGGAUUUCAGCAACCUUUCGUAGCCUGCUGCGGUCAUGGCGGUAAGUACAACUACAACAACAGUAGGAGGUGUGGAUUCAAGAUUACAGUUGAAGGCAAAGAGAUCGUAAUAGCAAAGUCGUGCGAGGAUCCGUCGGUCCGGGUCAGUUGGGAUGGAAUACAUUUCACCGAAGCAGCGAACAGAUGGAUUUUCGAGCAAAUAGUUGACGGCUCGUACUCAGACCCGCCGGUUCCUCUGAACAUGGCAUGUCAUAGAAUGGAUCGCCGAGACAAAUCCAUGGCUUGACCUCUCAUUGUCGGAUGCGGGGAAGCUAUUUCUUUUAGAGGUAAGGAUCAAGGACUGAGCUGCUUUCAACGUAGCAAAGAUGAACACUGUAUGGAAGAGAUAAACCAGUGAUUUUGGACAUGGUAUGUCCGGUUUGUGAUAUACUUGUGAUGUACCACUGGUGGUCUGGCUUCUUUAGCUUAUAGCUGCUUCUACUCCACAACCUCAGAAUUUGGUGUGCAUCUUAAGUUUAUUAAAAGAUUUUAACCAAUCUUAAGAUA